AUAUAUAUAUUCUCUAUAAAAAAUCUCAUUGAGUCCUGUAUGAGGCCUUUGGUUCUUCUGGGCAAUUCACAGCUGAUGGGGACAACUGGAUUUCUUUGCAGUCAGUCCUCUGUUCUUUGUCCAUUAGGUCAAAGGGAGUGUGAUCAAUGUGGUGAAGACUACUGGUCCAAUCCACAAAAGAGUGAGUGUGUGCUGAAAGAAGUGGAAUUCCUUGCUUAUGAUGAGGCCCUGGGAUUCAGGCUUGUCAUUCUUUCCAUCUUUGGGGCACUUGUAGUCUUGGCCGUCACAACUGUGUAUGUGAUACACAGAUAUACUCCGCUGGUGAUGGGUAAUGGCCGGGAGUUGAGCUUUCUUAUUCAGGUUUCUCUUGUCAUCACACUGCUGUCUUCCAUGCUUUUUAUUGGCAAGCCCUACAACUGGUCUUGCACGGCCUGUCAGAUCACUCUGGUACUGGGGUUUUCUCUCUGCCUGUCUUGCAUUCCUGGUAAGACUAUUUCACUGUUUUCAGCCUACAGAAUUUCCAAAUCCAAAACUCGACUUAUAUCCAUCCACCCUCUUUAUUGGAAAAUCAUUGUGCUAACCUCUGUUCUAGUUGAAAUCGGCAUAUGCAUAGCCUAUUUAGUAUUGAACCCCCCAAGGGUGUACAAGAACAUGGAAUCUCAAAAUAUAAAGAUUAUUCUGGAAUGUAAUGAAGGUUCUAUAGAACUUUUGUGCUCUAUGUUUGGGAUGGAUGUCUUCUUGGCCUUACCGGGCUUUCUCACAACUUUUGUGGCACGCCAGUUGCCACAGGAUAAUUACUAUGAAGGAAAACGCAUCACCUUUGGAAUGCUGGUCGUUUUUAUCAUCUGGAUCUCUGUUGUCCCUGCUUACUUGAGCACCAAAGGCAAGUUUAAAGUAGCUGUGGAAACAUUUGCAAUCUUGGCAUCCAGCUAUGGUUUAUUGGGUUGUACAUUUGCUCCCAAGUGCUUCAUUAUUUUGCAGCCAAAGAGGAACAUGGAUGAAAUUGUUGGUGGAAGAGUCCCUUCUCUCCAUAAGAGCAUCCAGCUGACUUCAGCCCUCUGUGAGAAGCAAGUCAACAGUACCACGGUGUCAGCUGUUCUGGACGACUAGAGUCAUGCAUGUGUUGCUCAGAGUGGCAAUGGUGACGUGGUUCAACAUUCCCUUUUCAGGUGGCUCCCCUAGCAGCCACCUAAUGCUCUGGGGUAACUCUAAGGAUUUGGGUUCUG